AUGAGCGCCUACCCACCAGGCGCCACCCCGGGAACAACAAUGCACUUCAGCAGCCCUCAAGAGCCGAUGAGCAAACGCGCCCGAAUGAGCUUCAUGCUCAUCUCCGCCCUGCGCUUCCUCCAAUUCGUCUUCGGGCUCACCGUCAUCGGCCUGUACGGCAGAGACGUGCACCACGAUCACUCGGAGAAACACAUCUGGCGCUCGCAGUGGGUCUACGCGCUCGUCACGGGCUUCCUGGCGACCGUGACAGCGGGCGUUCACCUCGUCAAGCCGUUCCUGAUGCGGCGGGUGAAGAAUGCCGCUGGUCUCAACGUGGGCUUGCUGUUGCCGCAGUUUGCGUGGGAGUUUGUCCUGGCUGUGCUUUGGUUGGCGCUUUUCGGAGUCUUUGGGAAGAUGUAUAUUGGUGUGUAUGCUGUUGAAUCUAGUUCUAGUUCGAGUUCUGGAUCGGGGUCGGGGAAGAGGGAUGAGGCUGUUGCUUCGAGUGCGACUUCUAGUCUUGGUGAUGCGGAUAAAAUUACUCGCAUGCGCCAUGCUGUCUGGAUUGAUGUUGUUAAUCUUCUUUUCUGGGUUGUGACUUCGUCUUGGGUUUUGAUGCGCUGGUUGCAGAGUCGUCGGGCUGCCGCUACCGAGGAUGUUGUUGAUGAUGUUGAGAAGGGGGAUGAGAAUAAGUUUUAG